AUGUGUGGAUGGCCUGAAAUUUCACAUACUUGGUACUUUUCUCAAAAUGCAGAAUGUGUCGUAUUAUCAUUCAUGUGUAAUCCUGUGACCAAGGCAAAUGAAGAAAAGCCUGCUGCUGCCAAGAAGGCUAAUGCUGAGGACACUGAUGCUGGUAAGCAGAAAGUGAAGAUUGCGGAACCAACCCCUAAAGCUGACAAAGAAGAGGAGUCUAGUGAGAAAGACGAUUCAAUGUCUGAAGGUGAGGGCGAGGAAUCAGAUGGCUGUAACUCUGCAGAUGAUAAAUCAGAUGACAGUGAAGAAGUAGAGACACCAGAGAAGGUGCUGCCUACCAUUACCAGAUUUUGAUGUUGAUGAUGUCUCUCGAAGGGUUGAAAAGAAUAAAAAAUGAUCCGAAUUCACAUAAUUGUCAUUCUGAGGGAAGUUCGAUGGGGAAUGAUGACUGUACUUUUAAUUAAUGUUUUCAAACUCUUAUAUUAGGUUGCUUCUACUGAACAUGUUUAGUAUGGUUGGUUUAGAAUCAACCUGACUAGUGACAGUGACUGGAUAUGAACUUAUUUACUUCGGUUGUG